UGGCUAUAACGUCUGCGUCCGCAUGGCAACCAUAAGCUGUGUACAAGAAGCGAAGCAGAGGGGCGCCUUGUGAGAGUGAAGGUUUCAGAGAACAUCUAAGAUCGUGUGCUGCUCUGAGGACGCUGUUCGACCUGCAUAAAGCAGAGAGGGAGUGCUGAAUGUGGCGUGUGUCGUUGGCGCUGACUGACAGCUGCCAGUUCAUUUACAACCAUGACGGGAGAGGAGAUCAUCAACAUCAAGGAGGCCGAGGUGAUCAAGCUGAUCCUGGACUUUCUGAACUCCAGGAAGCUACACAUCAGCAUGCUGGCUUUGGAAAAGGAGAGUGGGGUAAUCAAUGGACUCUACUCCGAUGAUAUGCUCUUCCUCAGGCAACUCAUUCUAGAUGGCCAGUGGGAUGAGGUGAUGCAGUUCAUUCAACCUUUAGAAGGAAUGGACAGGUUUGACAAGAAGAGGUUUCGUUAUAUCGUCCUAAAGCAGAGGUUUCUGGAAGCUCUGUGUGUGAAUAACGCCAUAUCGGCAACUGAGGAUCCACAUAAUCUAGAGCUUACAAUGCAAGAGGCUGUGAAGUGCCUUCACAGUCUGGAGGAGUUCUGCCCGACCAAAGAAGACUACAGCAAGCUGUGCCUCCUCCUCACCCUGCCCCGCCUCACCCACCACGCAGAGUUCAAAGACUGGAACCCGAGCACGGCUCGCGUCCAUUGUUUCGAGGAGGCCUGCACCAUGGUGGCUGAGUUCAUCCCUGCAGACAGGAAGCUGAGUGAGGCAGGCUUCAGAGCGAGCGGGAACCGACUCUUCCAGCUGCUCAUCAAAGGGAUCCUUUACGAGUGCUGUGUAGAGUUCUGCCAGAGUAAAGCAACAGGUGAGGAGAUCAGAGAGGGUGAGGUGCUGCUCGGCGUUGAUUUACUCUGUGGGAACGGAUGCGAUGAGCUGGACUUGUCACUGCUUUCCUGGCUGCAGAACCUCUCCUCCGGUGCUUUCAGUUGCGCCUUCGAACAGAAAACCCUCAACAUCCACGUGGACCGCCUAGUGAAACCCAGCAAGGCUGGACACGCCGACCUCCUCACUCCCCUAAUAAACCGUCUCUCUCCCUGCCCUACCUCGCCCUUUCACCAGAGACCUCAUUCGGCCGACACUUACAUGUCCAGGUCCCUCAACCCGGCUCUGGACGGCUUGUCCCACGGACUGGCAGCGCAGGACAAGAGAGGCAUGGAAAGAAACAUGAAAUCCACACUCAGUCGGAGUCUAGUGGAGAAUAAUUUGCAUCACCAGGAUGACUCACCUGAGAGGAAGCACUUGCAGGUGUUGGAUGGGCCCCACACCACACGCACCCCUCUGACUCCAGGAAAAGAUGGCGGCCCACCCUGCAGCACAGAUAUACUGGAGCGCCGUGACUCCACAGAGCACAUCCAGGAGUACUACCGGCAGCGGCUGCGCGUGCAGCAGCACCUGGAACAGAAACAGCAGCAGAGGCAGCUGUACCAGCAGAUGCUGCUGGAGGGAGGCGUGAAGCAGCAGGAUGGAGCCCAACACAACCUCACGGAGACAUUUCUCAGCAGAUCCAUUCAGCGGCUGGAGGAGAUGAAUGUGGGCAUCGAUCCCAAAGGAGAUGAAGUGAUGGCACAUCUGGGUCAGCAAUGGAACGGGUUAACAACAAACAGCAGCACCUCCAGCCCCAGGAUGACCAACAUUCACAACACAGAUAAAGGACCUGUAAGGAGUAAGUCAGGUGGGGUUAUCAGCAGCACCCCGUCAAACUCUGGGAACCAUGGCCCGCCAUCACUCAGUGAGUCCCCAGUUUCUAAAAGUCGCAGUGCUGAAAGAAUCAGAGCUUCUGCUGCUUCAGUCCAAGAUGAACCUGGCUGCUCCACGAUUAGAAAUGCACAUGAGCAUGUGAAGUCCAAUACCCAGUUUGUAAGAGUGAGCCAGCUUGAGGACACCCAGGCGGUGCGUGCAGUGGCCUUUCAUCCAUCUGGAGCUCUCUAUGCUGUUGGCUCAAACUCCAAAACCUUAAGAGUCUGUGCCUACCCAGAAAUACUGACCACCAGCGGUUCUGGUGCAGCCAAACAGCCGUCGGUGCGUUUCAGACGUAACAAACAUCACAAAGGCUCAAUCUACUGUGUGGCUUGGAGCCAUUGUGGACAGCUGUUGGCCACCGGCUCCAAUGAUAAAUAUAUUAAGGUUUUGCCUUUCAAUGCAGACAGCUGCAAUGCCACAGGCCCAGACCUGGAGUUCAGCAUGCACGAUGGUACCAUAAGAGACCUGGCAUUCAUGGAGGGUCCUGAGAGCGGAGGAUCCAUCUUGAUCAGUGCUGGGGCUGGAGACUGCAACAUAUACACAACAGACUGUCAGAGAGGGCAGGGCCUCCAUGCCCUGAAUGGACAUACAGGUCACAUUCUGACUGUGUACACAUGGGGAGGUUGGAUGAUCGCCUCGGGCUCCCAGGACAAAACGGUUCGGUUCUGGGACCUCCGUGUGCCCAGCUGUGUUCGGGUGGUGGGAACAUCUCUGCACGGAUCAGGAAGUGCCAUUGCUUCAGUGGCUGUGGACCCAAGCGGCCGCCUGCUGGCCACCGGUCAGGAGGACAGCACCUGCAUGUUGUACGACAUCCGAGGAGGACGCAUGGUUCAGACGUUCCGCCCCCACAGCAGCGACAUUCGCUCUGUGCGCUUCUCCCCGGGAGCCCAUCAUCUCCUCACCGGCUCCUACGACAACAAAAUCCUCAUCAGCGACCUUCAAGGUGACCUAACAAAACAACUCCCACAGACUGUGGCGGGGGAGCACCUGGAUAAGGUGAUCCAGUGCAGGUGGCACCCACAUGACCGGACGUUCCUUUCCUCAUCAGCCGAUCGAACCGUCGUCCUCUGGGCUCCGGGCCCCUGACCGUUUCAAGAAAUGAGCCAUUAUCAAGAAAUGCAGUAGUCUUCACAAGCGCGUAGUGUCCCCACACACCCUUGCCUAGGCUGUUUAUUGUGAAACUCUCUUUAGAGCAACCUCUAUGUAUACUGUGGUAAUGGUGUGAGGCGUCGAGACAUUUUGAAGACACCAUACACUGAAAGCUAAUUGUAUGUAUUUGGAUGAUAUUUCGAUGUAUCUGUGUGAGUAUGCCACUGUGGGACACUAAAGUCUUUGUGUAAUUGAUCUUAAAGGUCAACUGUAACUAAAGGUGGAUCAAAAGAAACAAAAAUGUAUUUGCAGUUGUAAUUUGGGUUUAAUGUGACUCCUAAACCCCCCAAAAUACAAUUUAUGCUUCUCUGUUUGCUUGUUAUAGUACAUUGUGAUAUGAGUAUAGAAAGAGUGGAUAACACCAAAAAAGAGAAAACUAAGUUUACUUCAAGCACACUUCAAAAAUUUGUUUAGUUAUUCUCUCAUGAGUCACAGAAAUAUUUUAUCAAUAUUUGGUCAGAAUGUGAUCAAAAUAAAAAAAUAUAUAUAUAUUUAAAGAAUGUAUGCUUUGUUUCAACAUUGCACCGUUUUUCACAGCUCAUCUAGGCACAUUGAUGUCAGUGCUUUCUAUGAGAAUCAGUGUCCGGUUUCAACAUUGUGGAAGGAAGCCACAUUUACUUUUAUGCAUUUCAUAAUGUGCCUUUUUUAUAAACAUGUGCAGAGGGUUAAUUUUUUCUGAUUGCAUUUCUAUGCCAGGUCAAAGUAAAUAUUUUAAACAUGUCAUUAAAAACAUGCAGAAACUUAGCAGCAGAGUUUUGACUGUGUGGACAUCUUUGUAAAUAAACUGUUAUCAUUA